ACCGAGUCACCAACAAGAGACCUGAAAACAUAUGAACAAUGAGUUUUGUAACAAAUGAAUAAAAAACACGAAGGCUAUGAAUAUUGAAUAGUAUUUACAUAUUAUUACAACGCAUUCAGGAUUCGAAAUCACUCUAAACAUAUAUUGACACCGUAAAAAAUGAUCAGUAAGGCAAUUCGGUGGACCCUCGCGGCGCUAAUGUGUAGCGCAAGUGUCGUCUUUGGCGAGCCAGAAAAGAUACAAGGUACACAGUGUGGCGAAAUACAUAUCAUACGAGAAAACGGUGUACUUAUGCGCACGGGUGGGGGUGAUCCGUCCACAUGCAAAGAGUUGAAUCUCAAGAUGAUUAGACUAGAAAAACUUCACCCCGAUGUCUUCAAGGGCAUGACGGGUCUUCAAGAGCUUGCUAUGUGGGGCUGUCAACUAAAAUCUGUACCUGCAGGUGUAUUUGACGAUCUGACUGGACUACGUACUUUAUAUCUGGGCGGAAAUGAGAUCGAGGAAAUCCAUCCCUCACUCUUCAAGAACCUGAAAUCGCUUGAAUUUUUGGACUUGCUUAACACUGAAGCAUUGGUAGCGGCCGGGGAUAGUGUAUUUGGGGGAUUGAGCAGUCUCAAGAAGCUCUACAUUGGUAUGUGUGGGUACGAGACGAUUAGCCCAACACUUCUGGCUCCAUUAGUCAAUAUAGAGUACUUGUCGAUGGGAAGUAACGAGAUCACCCACAUCGCCGAGGGAGCUUUCAAACACAAUACCAAACUGCAGACGCUGUCGCUGGGUCAGAAUCAGUUGUCGUCUUUUGGUAAAGAGCACUGGGAAGGCAUUGGCAAUGUGAGAGAAAUCCUGCUCCAAGACAAUCCGCUGCGUUGCUGUGAUAUCCCCACGUCACUGAGCCCAGAGGGGCUCGAGGGGAUGAAAGCGGCUUGCCCUGCUAUGACAUGCACACUUAAUCUCGGAGAUGAUAAGAAGGCGGAUAAAGCUCCCGAAGAAGCAAUCAAGUUAGUAGACGAAAAUGUGGCAGCAGAGCCUGAGAAAGACAGCGCAACCGAUGCACAGGCUAGCGCCACACAGGACAGUGACGAGCCUGCUGAUGAUGACGAGGGUGUAGAUGAUGAUCUCGAGGAUUUAGAUGACGCUGACUUCGAUACGAUGUUCGAUGGCGACGAUGGAGACGAGUAUGACGAGGAUGACGAGAUCUUUGGAGCGGAGGAAGUAUUGCUGACGGAAGACAUUAAGGCAACACAUGUGGAGUUGUAAGUGAUAGAUGCUCCUAGUAACAUAUAAACGUACGUUAGUAUCCUGAA